AUGUUUCAUUUCCUUCAAUUUGCAGCUGGGCUGAAUAUAAUUGUCAACGAUAAGCCUUUAGCUGGCCUCCCCAGGACCUUUGCCAAAUACAAAUUUAGUAGAUUCACACCCUACUUGUAUCAUAGUGUAGAAACAUCUGUUUCCAAUUCUAACCAAAACGAUAAACGCAAUAUACAGAUUUCAAACAAUUAUGGAAACAAAGUUGCUGAUAAACUAAGUCAAGCAAGAAAGGAAUCUAGAGAAGAACUACUCCUGCUCAACCUUUGCAGACCAGCAAACCAAAAAGGGUUUGAAAAGGAAAACGAGAAAACUUUGCAAAAGGAAGAAGAAAAGGAUAGCAGUCAAUUUAGUAAUAAAUAUAAUUUUGAAAAUGAAAUUUGCAGAAGUGUUUUGCCAACACCAACUAACAAACAUCAAAAAAGCCAUCUCAAAAUAGCACAAAUAACAAAUUUCGACACUGAGGCAACAGAUGUUUCCUUAUCGAUGACUUUGCAUACUUUUGCAAUAAGUACAGGUACAUCUGAAAGUUCUUACUCCAACAAAAAACUACACCAUGAUAUUUCUAGUGUUUCCAACGACUUGACAAAAACACCGAAUUUGAUAGUUGAAAAUAAGAAAAAGGUGCCCACACUAUAUAGUACUCACGAGGAAAAACCAACAAAGUUUAGUGAAUGUUUUUUGUAUCCAUUUGCUCAGACACAAACUUCGAAAGAGAGUUUAAAAGGUAUACUGGUAUCCAGUUUGGGAAAAGAUCUAGAUUACGGCGAAAGAGAAAUUGAACAAGAGUUGCUGAGACUGAAGCAGUUGCAAGCCCAGCGACGAGCACGAAUUAUUGAAAUCGGUGGCGAAGGCGGCAGUGGACUCGCCAAUUCCAUGGCACGUUUGAGAGUGAAUUCAAUCUUUAUGAUGUUAAUACUUGUUCUAGUAGUAUUGAUAAAUACAAAUGUUGUUUAA